UUUUUGGGCAAAAUGUAGAUUGUAGAACCCUAAAGAAAUCAAAUUAAACCCCCAGUCUUGCUCGUGUAUUUAUCAGCAAAAACAGCUAACUCUCAGUCUCUUCUUCUUCGUUUUUUCAUUGCCAGCAAAAUUUAGAGCUGGAAAUCAUGGCAUUACAAGAGAGAAAAGAAAUGGGAGAUAACAAUAAUAGUACAGGCACUGAUGUCUCGCAGAACAUGACUAUUUACAUCAACAAUCUCAACGAGAAGAUCAAAAUCGAUGAGUUGAAGACAUCGCUGCACGCUGUGUUCUCGCAAUUCGGGAAGAUACUGGAGAUAUUGGCAUUCAAGACAUUGAAACACAAAGGGCAAGCUUGGGUUAUUUUCGAGGAUGUUCAGUCUGCUUCUAAUGCUAUGCGGCAAAUGCAGUCUUUCCCCUUUUAUGAUAAGCCCAUGAGAAUACAAUAUGCAAAAACUAAAUCGGAUAUCAUAGCAAAAGCUGAUGGUACUUUUGUUCCACGGGAAAAACGAAGGAGGCAUGAGGAAAAAGGGAAAAAGAAGAAAGAUCAACAUGAUGCUAAUCAAGUGGGAGUGGGUCUGACUCCUGCUUAUGGCGGCGCCUACGGGACAACACCUUCUCAAUUACAAAUACCCUAUCCAGGUGGUGUGAAAUCUAUGGUUCCUGAGGCUCCAGCUCCACCAAAUAACAUUCUGUUUAUUCAAAAUCUUCCCAAUGAGACUACUCCAAUGAUGCUGCAAAUGCUCUUCCAGCAGUAUCCCGGUUUUAAGGAGGUCAGGAUGGUGGAAGCAAAGCCAGGGAUUGCCUUUGUCGAGUAUGGAGAUGAGAUGCAAUCAACAGGUGCAAUGCAUGGACUUCAGGGAUUCAAGAUACUUCAGCAGAAUUCAAUGUUAAUUACCUACGCCAAGAAAUAGACAAAAAUGAUUGGGUUUUCAGCUGCUACUAGGGGAGGGCUGACAUUAGGACCUUCAACUUCUUGCAAGCGUGUCCUGUUAUCUUUUUCAUUCUUUGUUUGAACAGGAGGUUUAGAGUUUUCGUGUAUCAUUGUAGCUAUGGGCGACUUCUGUCAAAUAUUUUCCUUUGCUUCUGAGAAUCACUCAACAGUAAUUUUUGCUUGAGUGUAAUGUUGCAGAUUAAAUUAGAUAAUGCUGUUGCCAGUUAUAAUCACAUAUUGGUCACCCA